AUGCGGCGCGGGCGGGUCCACGAUCCCCGACGUCUGCGAGUCCAACGGUGGCAAACUCUGACCCAGCCGGGUGACGCCAAGCGGCAAGUGCGCAAAGGCCACUCGCCGGAUCUCCUUUUCACUAUCGCCUCCACUCCCGCAGGAAACCCACCGGCUCGGGCUCACUGGGGCCUCUGCAACUUCCCGCAGCUGAUGGCUGGUGCCGGCGGCCACGGGAGGGCGGCGACGCCCCGCUGCUGUGGCGGGGGCCGUGGCCGUGGCCGGGGCUGGGCCGGCGUCGCCGGGGAGGGGUUUCCCCUGUCGCGGCUUAAGCGCCUGCCGGGGGCGAGCAGCGCCUUGCCACUGUGCCACCGUGCCGCCAUGCCGCUCUCCGUGCUGCUGCUGCGGCUGUUGCUGCCGCUGCUGGCGGCGCUGGCACUGCCCGCGCCGGCGGUGGCGGCGGCCGGGGGCUGCGGACCCUGCGAGCCGUCGCGGUGCCCGGCGUUGCCGCCGCGGGGCUGCCCGCUGGGCCGGGUGCGGGACGCCUGCGGGUGUUGUUGGCAGUGCGGCCGCGGCGAGGGUGAGGCGUGCGGCGGCGGCGGCGCCGCGGGCGGGCGCUGCGCCCCUGGCCUCGAGUGCGUGAAAAGUCGCCAACGCCGCAAGGCCAAGGGUGGCCCGGCCCCUGGACCCCUCUCCGCCGCCGGCCUGCCCGGUGUGUGCCUCUGCAAGAGCCGCUACCCAGUGUGCGGUAGCGACGGGCUCACCUACAGCAGCGGCUGCCAGCUCCGCGCCGCCAGCCUGCGCGCCCAGAGCCGCGGGGAGCCCGCAAUCAGCCAGCGCAGCAAGGGAUCCUGCGAGCAAGGACCCUCCAUUGUGACCCCUCCUAAGGACAUCUGGAACGUGACAGGAGCACAGAUCUACCUGAGCUGUGAAGUCAUGGGCAUCCCAACCCCUGUCCUCAUCUGGAACAAGAUAAUUCGGGGACAGUAUGGUGUCCAGAGGAUGGAGCUUUUGCCUGGGGACCGGGAAAACUUGGCUAUCCAGACCCGAGGGGGCCCUGAGAAACACGAAGUGACUGGCUGGGUGCUCAUAUCUCCUCUGAGUAAAGAGGAUGCUGGAGAGUAUGAGUGCCAUGCAUCAAAUGCCAAAGGAGAGGCAACAGCUUCUGCAAAAAUCCAUGUUGUGGAAACUCUGCAUGAAAUAGCCCUGACCAAAGAUGAUGGUGCAGAGCUGUGAUGUGGUGUGAGAAUUUUC